AUACCCUGAAUGAUAUAAAUUGAGUUCAUAGUUAAAGAAAAUCUAGAGGAUCAAGCCUUCCUGUGUUGCACAAAGAAAGUUUCUCUGAAUAUAUUGAAAGAACCAUUAAGAAAUGGGGACCUGGAUUUUGUUUGCCUGCCUUGUGGGAGCAGCUUUUGCCAUGCCUCUACCACCUCAUCCUGGGCACCCUGGUUAUAUCAACUUCAGCUAUGAGGUGCUCACGCCUUUGAAGUGGUACCAGAGCAUGAUAAGGCCACCAUAUCCUUCCUAUGGUUACGAGCCCAUGGGUGGAUGGCUGCACCACCAACUCAUCCCUGUGCUGUCCCAACAGCACCCCCCGACUCACACCCUGCAGCCUCAUCACCACAUCCCAGUGGUGCCAGCUCAGCAGCCUCUGGUCCCCCAGCAACCAAUGAUGCCCGUUCCUGGCCAACACUCCAUGAUUCCAACCCAUCACCACCAGCCAAAUUUCCCUCCGCCCGCCCAGCAGCCCUUCCAGCCCCAGACUGUUCAGCCACAGCCUCACCAGCCCAUGCAGCCCCAGCCACCUGUGCACCCCAUGCAGCCCCUGCCGCCACAGCCACCUCUGCCUCCGAUGUUCCCCAUGCAGCCCCUGCCUCCCAUGCUUCCUGAUCUGCCUCUGGAAGCUUGGCCAUCAACAGACAAGACCAAGCGGGAAGAAGUGGAUUAAAAGAUCAGAAUAUGAGAGGGGAACUGAAGUAAACACUUCAGUUGCUUUUACUAAUGACACAAGCACACAAUGAUUUUUGCUUAAUCACUUUACUUAGCAAAUUCUGUAACUAAAAAAAGUAUCAUUAGCAGACAAUAAAAUGUUUUA